GACCCAGACCCCUGUCUCUGCUCUGCAGGCAGCAGGAAUUCCUUCUUUGUUCAUCCCAUGACUCCACAAGCUGCUUCCCACUUCUUCAGUCUUUACAUGCUGGGAGCAGUCUCUACUACCAGCAUGGCUUACACUGGCGCUCAUGCCAUCAAGAUGCCUCCUAUACAGAGGAUGUUGAGCAACUGCCGCAGUGACACUCCCAAUUCAGGAGAAGGUAACUGCCACACUGGAGCAUCAGAGCUGAGAAUCAUCCUUGUGGGGAGAACUGGAGCAGGGAAAAGUGCAACUGGAAAUACCAUCCUUGGCAAAAGGAUUUUUCACUCCAGAGCCAGUGCAAAGUCAGUCACUGAGAUGUGUGCCAAGGCAAGAUUCACCUGGAAAGGGAAGGAAGUUGUGGUUAUUGAUACUCCUGCCUUUUAUGAUACAACAGACCCUAAUAGAGAUCCUUCACAAGAGAUCAGUCACUGCAUCCAGCUCUCCUCCCCAGGCCCCCAUGCUCUGGUGUUGGUCCUACAGUUGGGCUAUUACUCUGAAGAGGACAAGAAGUCAGUGGAAAAAGUACAGGAUUUAUUUGGAGAGGGAGCCCUGAAGCACACAAUUGUCUUAUUUACUCGGAAAGAGGAACUGGAAGAUGUCCUCUUGAGUGACUACAUAGGAGGGACAGAUAAAGCUGAUCUUCAGCAGCUCAUUCUAGCAUGUGGGAAUCGAUACUGUGCUUUCAGCAACAAAGCAGCAGGAGAAGACCGGGAUGCCCAGCUCAGUGAGCUUAUGGACAUGAUAGAGAAACUGGUACAGGAGCAUGAAGGGCAAUGUUAUGAGAUUCAAGAAGUAAAGGUAUCAGGGAAGGCUAACAGGGAAGUGAAAGAGGGAACAAGGCAUUUUGAGAAAAAGUGUGCAAACACAGGAGAAGAAUUAAGCACUAGGUCAAAGGAGCUAAAGACAGAAAGGACAAUCCCAGACAAGGUCAAUGAAGUGCUAGAAGAUCAGUUGAAAGAUCAAAGAGGCAUUAUGAUAGAGCUGGGAGAAAAAGAAAGAGGCUGUGAAGAAGUCAUGAGGAGAUCCAAAGAAGAAGCUGUGGGUGAUGCUGAAAAACCACGCUUGGAGUCAGAAAAAGAUGCGUCAACUCUGCCAGCAGCCCAAGAGGACGGCAGCCAGAAACAAGAAGAAUCAGCAUUGAGAAUCCUCCUUGUUGGUAAAACUGGAGCUGGAAAAAGUGCCACAGGAAAUACCCUCCUUGGGGAGAACAAGUUUGAGUCCAAACUUGGGGCAAAACCAGUAACUUUGGAAUGUGCCCAAGGAAGCAGGAAGUGGAAUGGGCGUGAAGUUGUGAUAAUUGACACUGCUGACAUUUUCAACCCAAAUACGAAAGGGCCAGAAAUUUCUCAUGCGGUUCAUUGGUGCUUCAGGCUCUCCCAUCCAGGCCCUCAUGCUCUGGUGCUGGUGACCCAGCUGGGCCAUUACACAGAGCAAGACAAAGCGGCUGUGAAGCAAGUACAAGAAAUAUUUGGCCGUGAGGCUCUGAAGUUCACUGUUGUUUUAUUCACUCGGAAAGAAGAUUUAGGGGAUGGCUCCCUGGCUGAGUAUGUGACAAAGUCAAAUAACAGAGAGCUCCGAACAUUGAUUAAAGCCUGCAAGAACCGAUACUGUGCUUUCAACAACAAAGCAGAAAAAGGAGAGCGAGAUGCACAGGUCAAAGAGCUGAUGGAACUGAUUGAGGAAAUACUGCAGGAAAAUGGGGGCAAGUACUGCCCCAAUAAUCGGUCAGCCCUGGAUACUACGUCAAAUGAAGAGAGUGGAGCACAAAAGAGAGACAGGAGAAAGUCUGAGCCAACUAUUAGGCAACAUGUUGGACAGAAGUUGGUUAGCUGGUGGCAAGGAUGGACUUCCACUGACUAUUGAGUAACCCAUGGAGAAGGCAAGGAUUUUUGGGGUAAUAUUUUUUAUUGGACCAACCAUCUAGCUGGGAGGGAUAGAGACAAGCUUUCCUUGUGCCCUUCCUUGGGACUCUGAAGAAGAAAAAAAAAAGCAGACACCCACUGUAGCAUGGAGAAAGCAUGAUCCACUAUUAAGAAUAGCCACCAGGAUGACAAAAGGAAGUCGGGCUGGUGCAUAGGAAUCCUGUUUCAAACACCAGUGUGGACAUUCUGGGUUUCUCAUUUUUUCUUAAAAAUUUGGAUUUUGUCAAUGUGCACAAGCAGCCACCUCUACUGUCUCCCAAGACUGGCACUUCUCAUCACAUCAACCAUCACACCCAAGGGUGGAGCCAUGAUUUAAAAAUGGGGUGCAGGGCCUAUUCACCAGCACUACAGGGGAGACUGUGCCCUGAUCCCUGCCCCCUCCCACUC